AUCGAACACGCGUUCCAAUCGAUCGCACCAGAUGUCAGCAGUUCCUGGUUAAUUGAAUUUUAACCCUAGUAAGUGUCAAAUGGAACUUGAAACAAAUAAACAAAAAGAAAUGUUGGGUAAAGCAUUACUUGUAAAGUAAUUUACAAUGCUCGAUGAAUACUGCGUAAAAUUACCUAUUACGUUGUACGUGCCAUAAUGACAAAUCAUAAAAUACUGUAAACGUACCAGAGUGAGGUUAAAAAGUUUUGAUUAAUUUUAUAUUAACAUAUUAUAUGCAAGGAACAAGAUGUUUCCAUUUUUUCGAUCACAUGUGUUACCCACUCACGUUAAAAAGUCGGUUUGUGCUCAGAUAUUUAAGAGACAUUACGUGAAGUACGUGCAAGGACAAUCUCCAGAGCCCCGAGUUCGGGAAUAUUUUUAUUACAUUGAUCACCAAGGCAUGCUGUUCCUGGAUGAUGCACGUAUGAAAAAUUUUACUUCAUGCUUCAAAGAUAAAAAAUUUCUGGCAUUCUUUUUCAAACGUUUGAAGAAAAAUAAUGUAGGGAGGUACACUGAAGAUUUCCCUUAUGUUUCUCUUUGUGGUCCUGAAAGGAACUUUGUCAGAUGUGAUGAUUUGCCAAUAGUUUUUACCAAAAUUGUUCAGAGGAAAAACGAGAUAGGCGAAGUUGAAAACUGGUUUAGCUAUGCUUAUGCAGAAGAAUUAUUAAUGGUUCCAUUUGAACCAGAUAAGUUGUACAUGCAUGUUGAAUCAGGAAGAGUGUAUCAUCCUGCGCCGGAAAGAGCAGGAGGAAUAGGUUUGGUGAGAUCGAAAAUUGCAAUUGACCUUAGUUCAUUUUUUGAAUUUGAAAAGGGUGAGGAAAAUGGUCCGACUCAUAUCUCUUGGAAUAAGAAAAAAUAUAUAUUAGAUAAUCAUUGGCAUAAGGAUAAAAUACUACAGGCUAACGGAUAAAAAUAAAUAAAUUUUAUUUUCAAUUAAAAAAAGAAAACAAAAUCAAUAUAUGAACAACUCUCAUAAAUGUACAUAUAUUUUUAGAUAGUAACAAAGAUUUUGUAAUUUUUCUCUAUGUUAGCAAAUUUGUUAAGGUACACAUGAAAUAUCAAAAAUUCUAACUGUAGAGUCGUCAGAUGUUGUUAACGCUUUUUCUCCAUUUCUGUAAAAACAUCGAUGUAUUCUUUUAAUAAAAUAUAAAAAUAAUAUACACAGAUA